UGUGUGUGUGUGUGUGUGUGUGUGUGUGUGUGUGUGUGUGUGUGUGUGUGUUGAUGAUGUUGUUUUCCAGGAAUACAGCCAACAGGUCCACUCAAACUGUGUGAUCAAGAUGGAGCAGGAGAAAUGCAUGGAAAUGAUGGCCUCGGACGAUCCUGGGAACGACCCGGACUACGGCUGUCCGUGGAUGUGGGACAACCUGACGUGUUGGCACCCUGCAAAGAUCGGGGAGGUGGUGGAAGUCGACUGUCCCGAACUCUUCUCUCAGUUCAUCAGCGAAGAAGACUAUGAGCCAGGCAUGGUGAGUCGGAACUGCACUGAGUUCGGAUGGGACGAGACCUUCCCUCAUUACGUUGAUGCCUGCAUGUCUGAAGAAGGGAACAGUAGCCAUCCGGACAUGUACUUUGUGUCAGUGAAGGCUCUGUACACUGUGGGCUACAGCACCUCUUUGGUGUCCCUCGUCAUGGCCAUGGUCAUCUUGUGCAGGUUCAGGAAGCUGCACUGUACGAGGAACUUCAUCCACAUGAACCUAUUUGUGUCUUUCAUCUUGAGAGCGAUUUCAGUCUUCAUCAAAGACAGCGUGCUGUAUGCCGAAGCAGACAGUGAGCAUUGCUUCAUACACACUCUUGAGUGUCGAGCAGUGAUGAUAUUCUUCCAUUACUGUGUCCUCUCUAACUACUUCUGGCUCUUCAUCGAGGGUCUGUACCUCUUCACUUUACUAGUGGAGACCUUUUUCCCUGAGAAGAGAUACUUCUACUGGUACAUCAUCAUUGGUUGGGGAACCCCCACUGUGUGUGUGACCAUCUGGGCCGUGCUGAAGUUUCACUUUGAUGAUAACGGAUGUUGGGACAUGAAUAACAACGCUGCCAUCUGGUGGGUGAUCAAGGGACCUGUACUCGCUUCAAUUAUGGUCAACUUUGUGCUCUUCAUCGGUAUCAUCGUCAUCCUCGUCCAGAAGUUGCAGUCCCCAGAUAUCGGUGGAAAUGAAUCCAGUAUUUACCUGAGGUUGGCCCGCUCCACUCUGCUCCUGAUUCCUCUGUUUGGGAUCCACUACACUGUGUUUGCCUUUUCCCCCGAGAACGUGAGCAAGAGGGAGCGUCUGGUGUUUGAGCUUGGACUCGGAUCCUUCCAGGGCUUUGUCGUGGCAGUCCUCUACUGCUUCCUGAACGGAGAGUAUAUCCCUCAAGGUGCAAUCGGAGAUCAAGAGGAAAUGGCGCAGCUGGACGGUGAACAGGUACUUUGCUGUGGACCUGAAGCACCGGCAUCCUUCGCUGGCGAGCAGUGGGGUGAACGGGGGCACGCAGCUGUCCAUCCUCAGCAAGAGCAGCUCGCAGAUCCGCAUGUCCAGCUUGCUGGCCGAGACCCCGGCGACCUGAGUCCCACCGGGGGGGAUGCAACGCCCUGCAGCGCCGCCAAACCCGAUGCACCCAUCCUCCUCCCCAUGACCAGUCUCACCAACCCGUUCCUCAACCCGUACCCCAAUCCGUACCCGGACGACAACAUGAUAGAAACACAGCUCAACUCCAGCGACCCAGAACAGCCUCUUGUCUGACCUGCUUUGACCCCAAUUAUGACCCAACCUGAACGUCUGGUGCCAAAUAAUCUCUUUAAGUCCCGAACUCCGGGUUCAGGAGUGAAAAACUUAGUCCACUUCAAAGGGCAUGAUUACGAAUUCUAGUGAAUAUCUAAUGUCCUUUGGGCGGUUGAUCUCUCUGUAUAUAUUGUAUUACUGUUGUCCGGUGCUACAGUAUUUGCUGCUGUAUCGCACGUGUUGGGGGGGUGGUUUAUUUCUGCAGCUCCCUCACAGUGAUCAUUCCAGUCAGUCUGAGAACGUUUUUAAAAACAAUUCUCAAGUUCACCCUUUCUUUAAAAUGUGUUUUUAGACUGUAUCUAUACACUGUAUUGCUCUUUAGAUGCAGACUUGCCAGCUGCCAUGCCAUUUGAAAUGGUUCCAUUAUUCAUGUGAACACCGUAAAGGGAAACUCUGCUGAUUUUACACAUUAAGUUUAUCCCGUUGAGUACUGAAAAGGAUAACCCUUAGCGAUGGCAGUGUGAUGACAUCAGAGUUAUUUUAGCUAAAGCUUGGCAUUUAGCCUUUUUAUGUGAAAAUCUGAUUUAUAAAAUGAUGGCAUUCUGUCUAAAAGAUGCAGUUUUCCUGUGUAUUACACAGAGUUUUCUAGAGUUUCCCCCUCAAAUUCUUGAUAUCCCGGCCUCUGCUGCUAAUAUUCUGAGCUGCCCUGAUGUACAGUAGAUACCUUAACUGGGAAGUUUUUUAUAAAUAUGUUGACGGAAAUUUAAGAAUGAAGGUUCAAGCUUAAGUCAGUGUUAGAAAUUUGAACUUCUCAACAUCAAAUCAAUGUUAUUUAUUGAGCUCAAACAUUAUGGACCCCAGGUCAUACCUACACUUAUUGAACACAUUCAGACUAUUCCCCACUACUGUACCAAGCCUUUGUUUCCUGUGUAAACUGUGACUGAUGUAAAACAAAGAGAUGAAGACAAACAGGCUGAGGAAUGUCGAAGGUGAAAUUUCACCUGGAUCUAACAAGUUGGAGAAAAGCAGUAUUUAUGAGAAGGACAUCUUUUUUCCAUUCAUGUGAAUUGCCAAAAAGAGACAAAAAAACAUACCAGGGUUAAAUGAUGAUAACUAUUCUUCAGAUGUCUUCACAGUGCUGAGGUUUACCGAUGACGACCACAAACUUCUCUUUUAAAUCUCAGCACUGGAAACUUGACCUCUGAGAGGAAUACUUUUGGAGUGCGUCUGUAGUUUUAAACAGCCGUUAGUACAGAAAAUGUCAAUGAUACUCAUGGAAGAAAGCAUCAUGAGUUCAACUGCUUGCAUGAACAUGCAUUUAUUGUCCAUUUGGUUAGUGUUACUUUCUUGGUGAUAAUUCAGUGGUGUUAAAGUUUAUUUUUCUUCAAGAAACGUAUUUCGGGCUGUUGUGGAGGCUAUGCGCUGUUAUACAGAUUCUCUUGUCACUGUGUAAAGCCAAGCCUCUUCAAUAGGGCUCCUACAGGACAUUUCAACAUUGUACUUGACCAUCAGAAAGCACUUCACUGCUUUUUGGAGAAUAUUUCCAGAUUUGUUUCUGAAAAAAAUGACCAUAUGAAUAAUCAGUUUUCAUUCUGAUUAAUGAGGGCUUCUUCAGACAAAUCCCUCGUACCAGUAUCUCUAUGUCUUUCAGCAGUUUGCAACUCUUGUGGCAUUUGCUCUCUUUACGCUUGAAGACAAGCACAUAGUCGUUACUCUUUGUGGGGGGCUUUUAAAUCGGGGGUAAUACUGUAACUCCAAAGACCAAUUACUUGACUUUUUGCACGGCCGUAUCUGUUUGCGAAGGCUGUGUUAGCUUUGCAUUCAAUGUCACUGCUGAUGUUUCUUUUGGUCUGACUCGACUAUCCUCAAAAUCCCUACGUUCCACUCUACUUUUUGUCUCCAAAAGUGCCUUUAAGCACAAAACAAGUAUUUUGAUUUGUCGUUUUUCAUUUCAAAACGAAUCUGCAAAGAAUAGAACGUGGUUGAACAAAGUGCUUUUAUGAUGCUUAAGACUAAAUCAGUAUUUUAAACCUGGAGGCCUUCGAAGUACUUAAAGUUGUCUUUGCUAAAGAUGAGCAGAACAUAUGACCGAUUGGUGUUUUAAAUAAAGUAAUGCUACAGACUAAUAACUACGUCAGUGACUGUACAGUAUAUUACAUGAACACACUAAGAAAUAUGUUUAGUUCCCCUACACAUCCUUCAUUUUUACUUCUUAGCGGUAAAGGGAAAAUUAAACAGUCACACACCUGAAGCUCUUUUCUUUAUGAAAUCCUAGUAUUGUUUAAGGGGCUUUCUUCAAAAUGUUCCCUAAAUACGAGUCCAUAUUUGAAAAGACAGAAAUAAUUUGGUCUACAGUAGCUGCAAUUGUAUUGUAAAAGACAAACUGGAGCUGAAAUCUUUGAUUUACAUUUACUUACUGUUUCAUCUUUGACUCCACAUUAUUUAUGACUGAUAAUCUUUAAAGUCACACAAAAACAUUGUUUUGGUAAUUUGCAGAUAAAGACAUGUCAAGUACAGAGUCCUAAAGGUGACACAAUGUUGUUAAAUAAUAAUACUUUUUUAUACAUAGAAAAAAAGAACAAAUUGAUUCAAGCAUUUAGUUUCUCUGGGAUCAACCUGGGUUUAAGGUUAUGAGUCCAGUUACCCCCAUUUUCCAUUUGACAGUUAUCUUAAAUGUAAAACAUUUGUUUUGUCUCUUUCUUGGCUUAUGGCCAACACUUGAAACAUGGAUGUAGGGAGAUGGCUAAGCGUCUCUAAACCCAUAUCUGUGAAAAAAGAAACAUACAUUAUUUAGGAGGCGCUCUAGUAUUGACAGAAUAUUAUCCUAUGUUACUCAAAUGAUAUUAUUUUUGUUAGUAAACAUCUCAUUUAUCAUAGCAGUAAAUCUUAACACCCUUUCUUUCCCUUCCCAAUUGAAUUUUUCUUCAGUUUUACUCAGAAUGUCAACUCAUCUCUUGACCUGCAAAUUGCCAAAAUGCAUUCCUUCUUGGGAGUCCAGACCAUGAAAAAGAAGUGUGACCUGAAACUGUAUUGGUCUGCUGUGUGUAUUCAGAGUGACAUACCAUAACAAGUGAAGGGCGUGACAAUCACGACCCACUCUAAUUCGGCACAUGCACCCACUGCUUUUGACAUAUUUCUAAAUGAUUUCCUUUAGUGUUAAUAUGGGAGUUGGAGCCUUAUAUUGCCAGUACUAUGUUGAUGUCAGACAAAGAUGUUGCUAUUAUUAAAAGAGUAAAUAUUCAUUUGAACUUGUUGUUUUUGAACUAUGAAGUAGUUAGUUGAAGUGUUUGAAAAAAGGUCUGUAGCCAACCUUUGUGACUAAAUAAACUGCAGUUUAAAUGUGCGAGACAGAAACAAGCUGCUGACGUUGUUCCUUGUAAAUGCCGUUUUCUGUGGUUCAAAGUUAAUAACUGUCAUUUAAAAACGUUGCGCUGUGAUCGUUUUCCUAUAUUUCAUUGUUUUUUGGUAAUGGUGAUGGUGUUUGCUUAAACUACUGUAUAAAGCCUCCUGUAAUGCCUCUGUACUCUCUAAAAGGCUGCUGCAUGCGCGUAAAAUCGUUUUGAUCUCUUUUUGACCGGCAGAUGUAA